CAAAGAAGUCGUUGCGAUACUUCUGAACAUAAAAUGGCUCACACUGUUGAACUAUGUGGGCAAUUGUUUAAUGGUCAUUAGUGUGAUCAAAACUAUACAAAUUGCCUUUUUCAGUCCGCUCAGACGAAUCCCGGGGCCAUGGUAUGCAUCCUUAACGGGACUUCGUCUGUCAUGGUCUGUGUUUGCCAACAACAGGAUCCACUACGUUCAUUCCCUGCACCGACAAUACGGGCCAAUCGUCCGCAUUGGACCGCAGGAAAUCGACGUAGCAGAGCCUGCCGCAGGACGAGAGAUCCACCGCAUGGGAUCGGGCUUCACCAAAGCGCCCUUCUACGCGCUUCUGUCGCCAGGCCCGGUAGACAAUAUCUUCAAUUUCCGGGACGCCAAACUGCAUUCGGCGCGUCGGAAGCUCUACGCUCGGGGGUUCACAUUGCAGAGCCUACGAAAUGAGUGGGAGCCCAAGGUCCGUGAAAUCACCAAGUUGACUGUGCAGAGAAUCAAGCGCGACGCGCUACAGGGGGAGGCCGAGGUGAUGGGAUGGUGGACACUCAUGGCCAACGAAGUAGUCUGCCAGCUUACGUUCGGUGGCGGCGCAGGUACAGUUGCCAAGGGAGUAAAGGAGCCCUUUGUCCUCAUGCUAGAGCGCCGGAUGGGAGAUCUCGCACAUUUGCUCAAGCAUUUUGCCCCACCAGGCUACUACAUUGGUCGAAUGUUAGCCUGGGUUGUCCCCCAGCUGCAGGAUGUUUUUUACUCCCAGGAAAGGAUGUUCGCUGCCGGAGGCGAUGUUGUAUCGCGGGCCCGAGAGGUGAAGUCGGCCAGCAACGCCCCCAGCAAUCUAUUCAACAAAGCGUUGGAGGAAGGAAGCCUGACCGACACGGACAUCAUAACCGACGCAGGGGCUCUACUACUGGCGGGCUCAGACCCGACGGCAAUUUCCCUGACCUUCCUUCUCUGGUGUGUAUUGAGUCGGCCAGAACUUCAGAAGCAGGUCGAGACCGAAGUUGCAACACUCGAAGGCGAGGUAACGGACUUGGCCUGUGAGCGGCUUCCGAUCCUGAAUGCGGUCAUCGACGAGAGCUUACGACUGUACGGGGCGGCCCCGGGAUGUAUGCCUCGAAGUCCACCGCCCGGAGGCGCAACUGUCGGAGGCUAUUUUAUCCCAGAGAAUGCGGUGGUGGUGACGCAGAAUUGGAGUCUCCAGCGAAAUCCGGAUGUUUGGAAAGACGCAGACACGUUCGAUCACACCCGCUGGCUGCGAGAUUCUGGAAUGACGGAGCAGGCCAAGCUUGCAUUCAACCCGUUUGGGUAUGGGGCAAGGCAGUGUCUGGGCAUCCAUCUCGGGCGCCUGGAGAUGCGUCUGGCGGCGGCGAUGUUUUUCCGCGAGUGUGCCGGAGCGCGACUGGGGGAGUCAGUGACGGAGGAGAGCAUGCGAGUGGUAGACAGUUUCAUAGCGGGCGUCCCUCGGGACCGGAGAUGCUGUAUUACACUGCAGUAGUUGAUUGAAUGAAAGCAUGAAUGUUGACUUGACUGUUGAUUGUGGACGCGAGAGUGACGCGUGCGCGUUGAAGUCACGUGCUUGGCGCGGUAGUUCUUCAGCCGACCGCCGACUGCCAGAGACCAGCAGAGUCGGCGCAGCGACUCCGGUUGUCCGGCAGCCGAAGCGUUCGCCAAUCACGGCUCCUGCCGCGGUCCGAACGAUCCUGUUAGCGUUGCAGUCUGCAGCUUACUUGCACUCUAUCAGUACAUCGCAACACGGUCUGUUCUUGGAGGUGGCUCAGGUGAGAUUGACAACAAGAGCAAGGAAUUUAAAAUUCGGUAUGUUGUAUUCAUCUCAAGAAGCCUAUUAAUUAUUGGCUUGUGUUAUAUAAAAAAAUCUAUGUAAAUGGAGGGGAGUCGCAUAUAUAUAUAUCGAAUGUCGUAGCACACAAUCCAUUCGAGAAACCAAAAUGAACAGGAAAAAAAGAAAAAAAAAAAAAAAAAA